GAGUGAGGCGGGCGCUGCGGGCGGCAAGAUCGUCAUGGAGGCGUUUGCGGGAGCGCCUAUGGCCAUCGCCGUGGCCGUGGUCGCGGCGUCCGCCCUGCUGCUGCUGCUGCUGCGAGGGCCGGCCCGGAGGCCGAGCGGCCUCGUCACCCUGCAGGACCCGCUGGCCAAGUACCCGCUGCGGCUGCUGGACAAGGAGGAAAUCAGUCACGAUACAAAGAAAUUUAGAUUCGGGCUACCCUCAACAAAUCAUGUAUUAGGAUUACCUGUAGGCCAGCAUGUUUACCUUUCUGCAAAAAUUGAUGGGAGUCUGGUGAUUUGAGCCUAUACCCCCAUUUCCAGUGAUGAGACAAAAGGAUAUGUUGAUUUAAUAAUAAAGGUCUACCACAAAAAUGUGAACCCCAAGUUUCCAGAGGGUGGGAAGAUGUCCCAGUAUCUAGAUAACAUGAAGAUUGGAGAUACCAUUGAUUUCAGAGGGCCGAAUGGACUGCUGGUCUAUAAGGGGACAGGUACUGUGACACAGGUGGGAGAGCAAAAGGGAGGUACUGGUUAUUUUCAGAGGUGCUUUAUAAAACUUGACAGCUGUAGAGAAUCUUUUUUUUUUUAA